CUGCAGGAUCCCGGGACCGUAGCCGGCACCACGCCCCUGGAACAGGCACGGGGUGAAUUUCUGCGUGUCUGUCCGUGUGUCUGUCUGUCACACGGCGCCAGCCUUGCCCCCUCGGGCCGGGCAGCCGCAGGAGGAACCAAAGGCCGGGGAGCGCGUUUCCUCGGGAGCCGCUCCGCCGCCGCACGCAGCCAUGGCCGACACCGCUGCCCCGCCGCAGGUCGCAGCCACGGCGGGCCCCGGCAUCAACCCGCUGGCCCGCAAGCUCAACAAGAUCCUGGAGACCCGGCUGGACAACGACAAGGAAAUGCUGGAAGCACUCAAGGCUCUCUCAACCUUUUUUGUCGAAAAUAGUUUGCGCACCCGAAGAAACUUGCGUGGAGACAUUGAACGACGAAGCUUAGCCAUAAAUGAAGAAUUUGUCCACAUAUUCAAGCAAGUUAAAGAGGAGCUUGAGAGUAUAAAUGAAGAUGUUCAGGCAAUGAGCAGCUGCUGUGAAGAUAUGUCCAGUCGUUUGAAGGCAGCAAAGGAACAAACCCAGGACUUGAUAGUAAAAACAACAAAGCUCCAAGCGGAAAAUCAGCGACUAGAAAUGAAGGCACAAGUCGCAGAUGCAUUCAUAGCAAAAUUCCAGCUGACACCAGAUGAAAUGAACCUCCUUCGAGGCACAAAAGAUGAGCCAAUUACUGAGGAUUUUUUCAAGGCUUUAGGACGAGUAAAGCAAAUUCAUGAUGAUGUCAAGAUUCUCCUCCGGACAAAUCAGCAAAGGGCAGGGUUGGAAAUUAUGGAACAGAUGGCUCUACUGCAAGAGACGUCUUAUGAACGACUUUACAGAUGGACUCAAAAUGAGUGCAGGACUUUGACACAAGAGUCGUGUGACAUUUCUCCAGUUCUUGCUCAAGCCAUGGAAGCCUUACAAGAUAGACCAGUCCUGUAUAAGUACACUCUGGAUGAGUUUGGAACAGCUCGAAGGAGUGCUGUAGUCCGUGGCUUUAUAGAUGCUCUUACUAGAGGAGGUCUAGGAGGUACUCCCCGCCCUAUUGAAAUGCACUCCCACGAUCCUCUGAGGUACUGUGCUAAUAAGAAUGUAGAAGAAAUAAUCCUUUUGCCUGUUCACACUUCAGAUCCCUCACACCGUAAACCCCUGAUUUACACAGAAAUUUCUGUCUUUCUUAGGUAUGUGGGAGACAUGCUGGCCUGGCUGCAUCAAGCGACAGCUUCUGAAAAAGAGCACCUAGAAGCGAUGCUAAAGCUUGUAACCAUUCAAGGUGUGGAAGAAAAUAUUCAAGAAGUAGUUGGGCACAUCACAGAAGGUGUCUGCAGGCCUCUAAAGGUUAGAAUUGAGCAGGUGAUUGUUGCUGAGCCUGGAGCAGUUUUACUGUACAAGAUUUCCAAUCUUCUCAAGUUCUACCACCAUACAAUCAGUGGUAUCGUGGGAAACAGUGCAGCCACACUGUUGACAACAAUUGAAGAAAUGCAUUUGUUGAGUAAGAAGAUAUUCUUUAAUAGUCUGAGUCUUCAUGCAAGUAAACUCAUGGACAAGGUUGAACUCCCACCUCCUGAUCUUGGCCCAAGCUCUGCACUAAAUCAGACACUUAAUUUGCUACGAGAGGUUCUGGCAUCUCACGACUCAUCAGUUGUUCCACUGGAUGCUCGUCAGGCUGACUUUGUGCAGGUUCUAUCUUGUGUGCUAGAUCCAUUGUUACAGAUGUGUACUAUGUCUGCCAGUAAUUUGGGCACAGCUGAUAUGGCAACCUUCAUGGUAAAUUCGCUUUAUAUGAUGAAGACUACUUUGGCUCUCUUUGAAUUCACUGACAAACGUCUAGAAAUGUUACAGUUUCAGAUUGAAGCUCAUUUAGAUACGCUCAUAAAUGAACAAGCUUCCUACGUCUUAACUAGAGCUGGUCUAAGUUACAUAUAUAACUCUGUGCAGCAACACAAACCAGAACAGGGUCCUCUUUCAAAUUUGCCAAGUUUGGAUUCCAUGUCCCUGAAGGUAGCGAUGGCUCAGUUUGAUCGCUAUCUGUCUGCUCCAGAUAGUCUGUUAAUGUCCCAGCUGAAUUUCCUUCUGAGUGCCACUGUGAAAGAGCAGAUAAUAAAACAGUCCACAGAACUGGUCUGCAGAGCUUACAGUGAGAUAUAUGCAGCUGUAAUGGAUCCUUCAAAUAAGUAUAAGGAUCCAGAAACCAUACUACACAGAUCUCCUCAUCAAGUUCAGGCACUUCUCUCAUAGUCUUGCUUCACCCAGAUUUAUCUGAAUCCAUAAUUCUGUCUUUGAGUAUUUAAAUUGAGUUAUUUUUCUGUUUUGAAUUUUGAUGUAUAACUAUAUGCUUAAAAUAUGUAGGAAUGCAGUUUUGUUUAAUCUGUUUGGCAAAAGUCGAGUCUUUCCUGUGUCUUUGAAUGCCUUCUAUAGGCCAGAAAAUAGAAUAUAGAUUAAAAAUUAUUUUAAUGUAUUCCUCUAAUGGAAAUGGACCUUGACAAUAUGCAAUUUAUUUGAAAAGGAGAGUAAAGGAGAGAGAAGCCUUUUCUUUGCCAUGCAUGAUCCUUUUGACCAGAUGUUGAACCAGUGUCUCUUAUGACCUCACCAAUAUUUUUGUUUGCUCUUUUUCCCUGUUCUUUCACCCUUUUUCUUAGCCUAUCAUCAAUACACACUGAUACUGUUUCAUUUUAGUAUGGCUGAUAUACUUUGAAUGUCUCAAGUCUUUCACAGCUCAUAAAUCAUUUUAGAAUAUAUGAUGCAGUUUUCCAAACCUGUUGAUUAAAUCUUCGAAGCAGAAUUCAUAUAUAUAUAUAUAUAUAUAUAUAUAUUAUUUUUUUUAAUCCAUUGUUUUUGUUGCUACUCUGGUGGUUUUUUGUAAGAAGGAAUACUUGAAUAAUUUGCAUGUACAUAACCUGGAACUUCAUGCUUUAAGUUAUUUUUAUAAUUUUAUUUUAUUAGAAAGAUUUUUUGCUGCAGUUGUUCUGUAGCAAUCCUUUUAUCAGUUGAAGCGUGCAGAUCUCUUAAGGCUGGGACCAGUAACAGUAUAGGUUAGGAAGAUCGUUUGCACGGUGGUGUGGCCAUUAGUUAUUUGUAUGCAUCAAGGGGGAGAUGAGCAGUCAUUCAUAUUGAAUCAGUUAUAUACUUAAGAUGGAUGCUUUUGUCAAUAAUUAUAUUCCCCAUAUAAAACAUAUGCUUAGUGGCAGUCAAGUCUGCACGUUAGUGUAUGCUCGUGAAAUAGCAAGAAAUAGAGAAUAGCAGCAACAAUGCCUUUUUAGUCUCUUGGAAAACUCAUUGCACGAGUUAGAAAUUAGCUUUGGUGGUAAUACCACACUAUAAUAUCUUCUUUAUGGGCAUAAUUUGUUAGUAUAUUAUAAAAAGAUUUGAAAUUGUAAGUGUCCCUGGAGAUCGUGGAUCAGGCAUAAAUUCUUUUGUAAAUGUGAAUGUUAGGUUUACUCUGUUUGAAUACACUAGAGCUGUAAGAUGAAAAAAAAAAUCUAGAAGCUUAGGAAAAUUGUAAUGGAAAAUUAUGCUUUUACUAGGUAACGCACUUAAAUUAUUCAGAAUUUGUGUUACCGUAGUAUAUAUUCAGAAGGCUGUUCAAUGUUGUUUAAUGACGUUAAUAUUGCUUAAUAUGCCUAUAAUUAUUAUCUAAUAUGUGAGAAUUACAUUAGUUGUGAAAGGGUUAUAAAUUAGCUUAUUAUUAGAUUAACAUACUCUUAAGAAUGAACUUUUUCCUCAAAUUAUACUCAGCCUCAGUCUCAAGUAAUCAGUCAGUAGUUUGCAUGAGGAUUAGUAAAAAGUUGCUUCCUGUCUUUGAGUCCACCUAGAGACUUAUCCAUGAUUUUAUCUUCACUGAGUAACAAUGCAAAAGCUAUAGAAGUUGUAACUUGUAAAAACUAAAAUCAAUCACUAAUUUUGGUCUGUGCAGUUAAAGUAAAUGACAGAGGGUCACAAGAGAGCAAAUACAUCAAUAAAAGGCAUUUGAUUUAC